ACGCCAGCGGAUGACAGCCGAGAAAAUCGCGCGCGUCCCUCAGAUACAAAAAUCACAAGUUGGCAAUAAAUAUAUCCGGUUCGGGCAUUGAAAAUAUUUUAUUUAUUCCUUGGAUACCCCAGAAUUCCUAACUAGCAAAGCCUUUAAGUAUUGAAUAAAGACUCGCGAGUGACCAUCAAAAACAUAUUUAACUAGUAGUUAAAUCAAAGGUUAAGCCGAAGUUUCCGAUAAACGAACACUCAAGAAGAUAACGCGAACGUGACUGAAGUUCACAAAGAUUCAAAGACUUGGAUUGUGUUCAUACGUAUAAGGGAAUAAGUGAAUAAGUGAAUAUGCACGAUAAGGAUGAGUCUCCGUCGCUUUUGAAGCGCGCCGGCACCGAAAAGUUGCGAGAGGUGUUCCUGAAGUACGCCUCCAUCCAGAAGAAUGGCGAGCACUACAUGACCAGCGAGGACUUUGUGCGAAAGUUCCUAGGACUCUUCUCGGAAUCUGCAUUUAAUGACGAUUCGGUGCGCCUGCUGGCCAACAUUGCGGACACGAGCAAGGAUGGACUCAUCUCCUUCUCGGAGUUCCAGGCCUUCGAGGGUCUGCUCUGCACCCCAGAUGCCCUCUACAGGACCGCUUUCCAGCUGUUCGACCGCAAGGGCAACGGCACUGUUUCCUACGCUGACUUCGCUGAUGUCGUACAAAAAACUGAACUGCACUCAAAGAUACCUUUUAGCUUAGAUGGCCCCUUCAUCAAGCGCUACUUUGGUGAUAAGAAGCAACGCCUUAUCAACUAUGCUGAGUUCACGCAGCUGCUGCACGACUUUCACGAGGAGCACGCGAUGGAGGCCUUCCGCAGCAAGGAUCCAGCUGGCACUGGGUUCAUCUCGCCCUUGGACUUCCAGGACAUCAUAGUUAAUGUUAAGCGGCAUUUACUGACCCCCGGCGUCAAGGACAAUCUAGUUUCGGUAACGGAGGGUCACAAAGUGAGCUUCCCGUAUUUCAUCGCAUUUACCUCGCUGCUGAACAACAUGGAACUGAUCAAACAAGUCUACCUGCACGCCACCGAGGGCAGUCGCACGGAUAUGAUCACCAAGGAUCAGAUCCUCUACGCCGCCCAGACGAUGAGCCAAAUCACGCCGCUGGAGAUCGACAUCCUUUUCCACCUGGCGGGCGCCGUCCACCAAGCAGGCCGCAUCGACUAUAGUGACCUGAGCAACAUCGCACCCGAGCACUACACCAAGCAUAUAACACAUCGCCUGGCGGAGAUCAAGGCGGUGGAGAGUCCUGCGGACCGAUCGGCCUUCAUUCAGAUCCUGGAGAGCUCCUACCGUUUUACCCUGGGUUCCUUCGCCGGCGCUGUGGGCGCCACUGUGGUCUACCCCAUCGAUCUAGUCAAGACUCGAAUGCAGAACCAGCGCGCGGGUUCCUACAUCGGUGAAGUUGCCUACCGAAACUCAUGGGAUUGCUUCAAAAAGGUGGUUCGCCACGAAGGAUUCAUGGGUCUCUACAGAGGUCUCCUGCCCCAGCUAAUGGGCGUGGCUCCCGAGAAAGCCAUCAAGCUGACGGUGAAUGACUUGGUGAGGGACAAACUCACCGACAAGAAGGGCAACAUUCCCACCUGGGCGGAGGUUCUGGCUGGUGGCUGUGCCGGUGCCUCGCAGGUGGUGUUCACCAAUCCCCUGGAGAUUGUGAAGAUCCGUCUCCAGGUGGCUGGAGAAAUCGCAAGUGGCAGCAAGAUCCGUGCGUGGUCGGUGGUGCGGGAGCUGGGACUCUUUGGACUGUACAAGGGAGCCAGGGCCUGUCUGCUCCGCGAUGUGCCGUUCUCGGCCAUCUACUUCCCGACCUACGCCCACACCAAGGCCAUGAUGGCCGACAAGGACGGCUACAACCACCCACUCACCCUGCUGGCCGCCGGUGCCAUUGCCGGUGUUCCGGCCGCCUCCCUUGUCACGCCCGCCGACGUCAUCAAGACCCGCCUCCAGGUGGUGGCCCGAUCCGGGCAGACCACCUACAACGGCGUCUGGGAUGCCACCAAGAAGAUCAUGGCCGAGGAGGGACCACGAGCCUUUUGGAAGGGCACAGCCGCUCGAGUGUUCCGCUCCUCGCCACAGUUCGGCGUGACCCUGGUGACCUACGAACUGCUGCAGCGCCUCUUCUACGUGGACUUCGGAGGCACCCAGCCCAAGGGAUCCGAGGCGCACAAGAUCACCACUCCGCUGGAGCAGGCGGCGGCGUCGGUGACCACCGAGAACUUGGACCACAUCGGUGGCUACCGGGCGGCAGUUCCUCUUCUGGCGGGAGUGGAGUCCAAGUUCGGGUUGUACCUGCCGCGAUUUGGACGCGGAGUAGCCGCUGCCACGCCCUCGACGGCCACGGGAUCCUGAUUAUACUGGCGCCACCGCCUGCCAAGCGCCACGUAGUCUACGGAAUGCAGAAGGGAAUGGCGGGAUUGGCGCUCCGGUGGACAGAGAUAUGGGAUAUAUUUUUUGCUAGGACGCGUUUACACAAAAUACACAAACACACACACACACAGAAGCACUGAGGAUAUUUCUAACGAGGAUCAGGAGGGAGCAGCGCCGUAUCUAUAGUACUAUUGUAUCUGAACUGCAGGGUGCGAGUCCUGGGCACCCAGCUCUGAGCAACUGUUUUUACCACACACCCAAACAAAAGAAAACCAAAUGGAGAGUAAUGAAAAGCCCAUUUAAGAGCAUAGAAUACCGAUUUUGGCCAUGGUGCGUAUAUAUAUUUAGGCAAGUGUAGAACUGUUUUUGUAAACUUUGUUAACUAGUUUAAAGUUUAAAGUCUAGAGCAUCAACCAAUCACUGAACGUCAACUUUUGCACUCAAUGUAACUAUUAAAGCGAUAAAACCUUUUAAUCUUAGUACGAAUUUGUUCAAAACAAUUAUCAAGCAAAGGAAAUGCAAUGAAUGACCUCUUAGCUAAUAAAGAAUAAUUAAAUAAAACUCAAUGUUUAAAACGA